AUUUGUUAGGGAAUUACAACAGCACUCAAAGUUGAGAACCAAGGGCAAACAAAGAGGAGGACAAGAGAAAAAAGUAAAAAGCUGCCUAGAGAGCAUGACAAUGGACAUCAUCCCAAGCUUAAGUGUUGGAACCUGGACACUCCUUGUUCUCUUCCUGACUCUCCUGUUUCUAUAUGAGACCUGGACACACAAGGUCUUUAAGAACCUGGGAAUUCCAGGACCAACACCUCUUCCUCUCGUUGGAAAUAUUCUUUCUUAUCACAAAGGUGUGGCAAAUUUUGACUUGAUGUGUUUUAAAAAAUAUGGGAAAACCUGGGGGUUUUUUGAUGGCAGGCAACCUAUAUUGGCCAUCACAGACCCAGAAAUCAUCAAAUCAGUGCUGGUAAAAGAAUGCUAUUCUGUCUUCACCAAUCGUCGGAGGUUUGGUCCAACAGGGCUUUUGGAGAAUGCUGUCUCAGAAGCUCAAGAUGAAAACUGGAGGAGGAUUCGAACAGUGUUGUCUCCCACAUUUACAAGUGGAAAACUCAAGGAGAUGUUUCCCAUCAUUAACCACUAUGGAGAAGGUUUAGUGAAGAAUAUGCACAAGGAAGCAGAGAAGAGCAAGCCUGUAACUAUGAAAGAGAUUUUUGGGGCCUACAGCAUGGAUAUAAUCAUCAGCACUUCAUUUGGUGUCAAUAUUGACUCACUGAAUAACCAGAAUGAUCCCUUUGCCAGAGAAACCAAGAAGUUAUUGAAAUUCAAUGUUCUAAAUCCACUCUUAUUUACAACAACAAUCUUUCCAUUCCUAAUUCCUUUGUUUAAAAAAUUGGAUAUAAGCAUAUUUCCAAAAGAGUCAAUAGACUUCUUAGCAAAAGCAGUUAAAAAAAUAAAGGAAGAAGGAAAGAAAAAUACACAGAAUAAGCAUGUUGAUUUCAUUCAGCUUUUGAUUGAUUCUCAGACUUCUAAAAAUUCAGAGAUGAACUCUUACAAAGAAUUGAGUGAUGAGGAAAUCCUGGCCCAAUGCAUUUUCUCUAUUUUUUCUGGCUAUGAACCCACCAGCUCAGUCCUCUCCUUCCUUUUUUACCACCUGGCCACCCACCCUGAGAUCCAGGAGAAACUUCAGCAGGAGAUUGAUGCAGUUUUGCCCAACAAGGAAGCAAUCACCUAUGAUGCCCUAGUACAGAUGGAGUACCUAGACAUGGUGAUGCAUGAAAAUCUCAGAAUCUUCCCCAUAGGUGGUAGGAUUGAAAGAUUUGCUAAGAAAAGUAUUGAGAUCAAGGGACUGAUGAUUCCUAAAGGAACAGUGGUCAUUAUCCCACCCUAUGUCCUUCAUCAUGACUCAGAAUACUGGCCAGAACCAGAGGAGUUCCGCCCUGAACGAUUCAGCAAGGAAAACAGGGAGAGCAUCAACCCCUAUGUGUACCUGCCCUUUGGUGCUGGUCUCCGAAACUGCCUUGGGAUUAGAUUUGUACUUACGAGUAUGAAAGUUGCUACUUGCCGACUCCUGCAGGAAUUUUCCUUUAGAACUUGUAAAGAGACACAGAUUCCUCUGAAGCUGAGCAAUGAGCCAUUCCUUGCACCACUUGUACCCAUUGUCCUGCAGCGUGUAAAAAGGACCAAGAAUGCAAACCAACACUAGCCAUCCUCUAUCUCCUUCUAUCACCCCCAUCUACAGCCUACUAUGGUCUAAAGCCACUGAAUCCUAGGAGUUCAAAAGUAACUUGAUUUACCUUGUGAACCAAAGAAAGAAAUUGUUUUUCAUCAGCAGAGAUUGAGUAGUUAGGUAUUGCAGAUAGUCUCUUGGAGAUUUCUCUGUCUGAGGGCUAAUAUUUAAUGUUCUGAGGUGUAAAGUGUCACAAACUCUGAUCCAGCUGAUCAUGUUGCAAAAGUAAUGACCCAUAGUAGAUUAGUACUACUUGAUAAUUCUAGGCUAUAGUCUUUCAAUAGAUGAACAUAGAGAAAACCAUGAAUUGAGUAUCUGUUCAUUAUUUUUACUAACAAUAGUCUUUAAUGAUUACAGUUAUACUGAAAAUAGUAAUGUUGGGAGCAAGUUUCUUUUGUAAUAUUCUGCAUU